AUGCAGUCAUUGUUUUUUGGCAAACACAGCAUUGUGGCAGCCUUGGAGCACAGCCAUCUCUUGAAGAAUCGCUUCGAGCACCACGUGAAAACCACCACCUCCGUCGUGCAAUCCAGUGUCCGAUCACUGUCACUUGCCAAGCAGCGGUUUGACUCAACUCAGACCCCGCUCGGGCGCUUCGUCCUUUUUUUCGAACCUUUUCUUGCGACAGUCAUCGAGAUAAGCAGGGAAAGGCGAGGGGAGGACAUCAACGGUGACAGGGCCGCGUUCCUUGCCUAUAUCAACGAAGAAGUGUUGGUGCAAGUUGCAAUGAUUGCUGAUGCUGGAGAUGAAGGUGGCCAACUGUGUCGCGCAUUCGACACUGAGCUCCCGGCUUCUGAGGAACUGUCAUCCACGGUUAGCAUUUUUUUGCAAAAAAUCAGCUGCUUGUUCAACGAGUUUGAGCCGGUGUGCCUGGAAACUGGGUACACCAAGUUGAUGCUGCUGCUGCUAGAGAAGCGCCAGUUCAUUAUCCCGACUCUGGACGGCAAGUCAGUCCGCACUAUCGGCGGGCCUGGCAGCAUCACUGUUGAAAUGCUGAGUAGCUGCUUGCGCCGGAUGCGAACCUGGGCAGUGCUUGCAAAUGAGGUCAUCAAGCACGAGCUCCCUGACUGGGAUUUGGUAAGCAGCUUUGCCAUUUUUGAUUGCAAGCGCGCUGACGGCUUGACCACAGCCAGCUCCACCCGGGACACACACAUUCGGAGGUUGGCCGCGUUUUUCAACCUGGACGAGUCUUUACUUCGCUCUCAGUAUUUUGACCUGUCACCGAUUGCAAAAGUGCGUUGCAAGAACUUGGACUGCAGCAGCCAAGUAGCCUGGCAAUCGGUCAUCGCGGAAGUUAUGUCAUCUCAGAGGCGACGUGACCGACAUCCUUGCGAUGUAUUGCAGUGCGUUCUUGCACGAUGGUGUGGGUGGAGCCCUUCAACCAGCGCAGUUGAACAAAGCUUUGGCCAUGGCACGCAUUUUGCGACGGCGCGUCAGGGGUGCGCCUCGGAGGCCAGCGAGAACAACGACUUUACGCUGCUCCUGGACCAUCACUCACAGGACGAGCAGAUUCUAAUAAGGCUUUCCCAGCAGAUUUGGCAUCAGCAAUUUGGACUUCCACGGCAUCACGAUAGACGUCGUCUUGAUUUGGGCGUGAAGCGCCAACUUCAGUCCAACACUGUUUCAGAGGCUUCAUGGCUUCGUAGCCGGCGAAGUGCUGUCGCUGCAGCGGUGGCGAAGAGGCAACGUGUCGUAGCCACUGCUGGUACUACUGUUACAGACGACGAUGACUCUGUAUUGGACCAUCCGAGUCAUUUGAAGGAAAAGGUCGUGGCACUCAGAGAUGGUCACUUGCUGCCAGAAGAAGCCGAUGAUGAGUUGGAGUCCUUUCUCCAGUUGCUGGCGGAUAAGAAGUCAGAACUUUUGAGGCGGCCUGCAAUCACAGCAAAGGAGAGAAAGAAGGACUUAAUUUACAGUGGAUUUCAGCAGCCUGGCUUCAUUCAGGGAACUGGUGAAGUCUUGAAAACCUGUGUAUCCCCUGGUGUGCCGCAUGGCCCUGCGAGAGCUUUGGGCAAACUUGCGUUGCAACAUGAUCCUUGCGAGGCCCGGGUGAUUGUAGCUCACGACAUGCAUUCUUUACCAGAGAAGUUCCACUGGUGCGCAGUUCUUCGCGGCAGCUUCAUCGUGGACACAGCCAUGCUCAGUGGGCAGAAGGGCUUGUGUGUGAAGAUGAAGGGGAUCGCGCACUUGAAGCGCUUUGUGUGGGCAAGCAUGGAGUUCAAGCAGGGGAAUUCGGAGUUCUAUGCCAUCAUGUGCCGGCUGGUGGAUGACUGCAUGGGCAAACGCCCUAUGUGGCAGUGGCUGGACACAGUUGAUGAGUUCCUGACGGGUAAGGGAGUGGGUUACAUUGCGCUUGUGACACACGAGCAGCAGAAGUUGGAGGCAAGUUUCCAAGAACACUGGAAACGUUUUACUCGUUGCUGUGUGUUUAGUUGGCCGUUGAGUCUAUUGUGCUUUGAUUUCCAGAGUAAGUUGUGCCAGUGUCCCAUAUUAUUGUCAUUGCAUGUGUUGCCAAACUUAUGUUAA